CACCACCCGUACCCAGCAACAAUUGACACUCAUAGCAACAACAAAUGACACUGUAUUUCGUGAGACCGAUCGGGAAGUGAUCCGGCCGCAAAGCUCUGCAGUCGAGCAUCAGUUGGCUUAGGCUUAUGUCGAAAAACAGAGUCGGACAGCAGCCCGACCAGACAACAGUUUACGAGCACAUCGAGCUAGAGGACGGCUCGGGGGAAACUUUGAUCGUUUCUUUACCGGCUCCAGCAAGUGCUAUAUCUGCCCCUUGGACAGCCAUGGCAAGCAAGCAUGGGAUAACUAACAUUGAUGAUGGGUACACUCAGAAUUUCGGGAUGUCUUCGGGGGAACCGGAUAGAAAGAAACAGGGAGUGGAGAUAAUCGGAGCGGAUGAAAAUGCCGUCCAAGGUAUGGGAUGUUGUGGUUGGUUCCUUACCAUCCUAUCCGGUCUUCUCUUCAUUAUACUACUGCCAUUUUCAUUGUUCUUUUGUCUAAAGGUUGUGCAGGAAUACGAGCGCGCUGUCAUCUUCAGACUGGGUCGCCUGCGACCGGGAGGUCCAAAAGGUCCUGGUAUAUUUUUCGUGCUCUCGUGCAUCGAGAAUUUCAUCAAAAUUGAUUUGAGGACUGUGUCAUUCGACGUGCCUCCUCAGGAGGUUCUUACGAAAGACAGCGUCACAAUCUCCGUGGACGCUGUUGUCUACUACCGCGUCAACAACCCCACGAUAUCAGUGGCGAAUGUUGAGGAUGCCCAUGGUUCAACGCGACUCCUCGCGCAGACGACACUGAGGAAUACACUGGGAACAAAGAAUCUUGCCGAAAUCUUAUCGGAGAGGGAGUCCAUUAGCGCCUCCAUGCAGGAAGUUCUUGAUGAAGCCACAGACCCUUGGGGGAUCAAGGUCGAGCGCGUUGAAGUUAAGGACGUCCGCCUGCCCCACCAGCUCCAGAGAGCCAUGGCCGCCGAAGCUGAGGCAUCUCGCGAAGCUCGUGCAAAGGUAAUCGCCGCGGAAGGAGAACAGAAGGCCUCCCGCGCUUUGAAGGAGGCGGCAGACGUCAUGAUGGAGUCGAAAGCGGCACUCCAGCUCCGCUACCUCCAGACUCUUAACAGCAUCUCCGCCGAGAAGAACUCUACCAUCAUCUUCCCUCUUCCGAUUGAUUUGAUUUCUGGACUGAUGAACAAAUAGACAAUACGAACAUUCUACAUUUACUCCUUGUGGGCUGCAUUAGGUGGCCAGGGCUUGACCUUUUGCAUCAUUUAAUUCAUAAGAUAGGCCUACUAUAGUAUGUAUAAUAUGAAUAAGUAUAUUUGAAAAGUGUUUAAGUUUGUGGAGUUUUUCUGAUGGUUUUUGUAAAAUGUUCGCUCCUUCAAUGAAAAUUGUAGAUUGUAUACCCAGUACCUUAACCAUGGAUAUUUUCUCUGUUGCUUUCUUCGCAUGAAACAGCGUCGGCAUCAUCGGCACCGGUAUAUCGCAUCCUUGGGCAUGGCACUUAACCCUAGGUACUUGCUUCUCUCCACCAAGGCUUGCCUGUGAAGUAAACCAGUGAUAGAACACCAUCCUAUAGCCAGGGGUAGUAAUACUCCCAGUCGCUUAAUGCUUUGGAAACCAGAAUAAACUCCGGCCGGAUGAGCCGUUCUCGGCUAGGGCUAUGGCCCAGCUUACUUAAA